CCACAGGUUUAUCUUAUCAUCAAAUUCUUCAGUUAUGUGUUCUUCUGUUAGUAAUGUUUUUGAAACUGGUAACUAUACCACUAAGCUACUAAGGGUUGAUUCUUGUUCACAUGCACAAAAUGUUCCACCACCAAAAUCUCUCUUGAUUGCUACUCCUAUUGAAGGUGGAGAAUUCCCACUUUUACUUUUUCUACAUGGAUAUCUUCUUUUAAACUCGUUUUAUUCUCAACUUAUUCAACAUGUUGCUUCUCAUGGAUUCAUUGUCAUUGCACCUCAGUUGUAUACGGUGGCUGGACCUGAUAUAACUGAAGAGAUUUACUCAGUAGCUGCAAUAACAAAUUGGCUAUCUAAAGGACUUAGCAAGAUUCUUCCACUAAAUAUAAAACCAAAUUUUCACAAGUUAGCACUUGGUGGUCAUAGUCGCGGCGGAAAAACAUCUUUCGCAGUUGCUCUAAGAAAAUUAAACAUGACAACUGAUCUAAAAUUUUCAGCCAUAAUAGGAGUUGAUCCGGUCGAUGGAAUGGAUAAAGGAAAGCAAACAUCACCACCAAUUCUCACCUAUGUUCCUCAUUCAUUUGACUAUGAUAUGGCAACAUUGGUUAUUGGUUCUGGUUUAGGUGAUGUGAAAAAGAACCCUUUGUUUCCUCCUUGUGCACCUAAAGGUGUCAAUCAUGAGGAUUUUUUUAGUGAAUGUGAGAAACCUUCUUGGUAUUUUGUGGCUAAGGAUUAUGGUCAUGUUGAUAUGUUGGAUGAUGAUACUAAAGGAGUUAGAGGGAAAGUUAGUUAUUGUUUAUGUAAGAAUGGUGAAUCAAGGAAACCUAUGAGGAUGUUUGUUGGAGGAGUUAUGGUUGCAUUCUUGAAAGCUUAUUUGCAUGGUGAUAAUGUGGACUUAUUGGCUAUAAGAGACAAAAAUUUGAGUGUACCCAUUGAGAUGAAAUUUGAUUAUUUUGUAUGAAAAUAAGAGAAGAUGAUGUAAAUCAACUAAUGAGGCAAUAACCAUCUCUACACAUUUUACAUGUA